UUAGGUUAGACUGGGUGGAGGAAUUUGGCGAUCAGUCGCGAGACUCGCGAGUCGCGAGAGAAGCGGUGGUAGAAUCACGCAGAACGUAGGGGCGACCGGGCGAGUACGAGCCUAUGAGCCUGGCGUCCUGACACGACACACGACCCGAGACGAGACCCCGAGAGACCGCAUUCCCAAUUCGCGUUGUUCUCCGUCUAUCCUGUACUCACCUGACACCUCUCAAGUCUCAGUUCUCACCUGUAUCGCCUCAACCGCCUGUACGUCGCCGCUCUGUACUCCGUCAUGGUCGAUCAAGCUGUCGCGCGUAGCAUCGCGACGUCGCGAUAGCGGAUAGCGUGCUGCACAAGGAGCGCAAACGCCGCGAACGCAUCUGUGCCAACCACCGGAGCACAUGGAUGCGACCAACGGACAGAAGCCCCACGUGGGGCAACCUUUGACCGGAGGAGGAUCUGUCUCCGACAAGGGUAAGGAGUGGCAAAUGGAGUUAUUGAUGGAAAAAUUACGCUCCAAGGCUUCUACGUUUAAACCUUUAGUAGAGACCGCGAAAAACAUGCGUAUGGCCAUGUUGGACAAGCGAUUUGCAAUUGACAGCAUAGAGAAGAAUCAAUUGCAAAAGUGUUUGGACACCCUGCAGCAUUCUAUCAAGGUUACUUCCUUCCAGUCUAUGGUAGAACGUUUGGAAAGUUUAGCAAGGCAGUUAGGAUUAAAGUUCAUGAUGUCUGGUCCUCCAGGCACGGAAAUAUUCAUAUCCUCCGACAUGUUCUUCUUGGAAGUUCUAUUAGAGCCGUCAGGGCUUGUUAGGGAUGUUAAAAUCCAUCAUGAAGGAAAAAGUGAGCAGCAGAGUUGCGAAGCACUCGCAUCGGCUUUGUCACGAGGUGACUUCAUCGAUUUUACCACGCAGCUGGAAGGAUUGGCAUCGAUAUAUCAGCUGAACGCUGACAAGAAAGUAAAAUGCAAGGCGUUCAGCGCUCUACAAUCCCUCGAGGCUGAUCUGGGUGUUCUGGCACAGCUGCAAACGUUUAUGAAAGAACCGUUCAAUCUGGUUCACAAGAGUCCCGUCGGAAUUCUGGAAAGAAGAAGAGGUGGCCACCCGAUGAAAUUGACAUAUUUCGUCUCACCAUACGAUUUAAUCGACGAAGAGAAUCGAACCUAUGACACUCUUAAUCCUGAUACAAUCAUUAAAAGAAAGAUUGGAUACUCGGUGACUGUUUGUAUGGAAGGUUCGACGGGUCACAAGCUGCCUACUUCUAGUAUUAUAACUGUAAACCGAAGUCCUACAGGCAAGAGCACUCCUUCAUAUGCUCCAUUGACCAGUACAAAUUCCUCCAUGUUGCCUGCCUGCUUCGUGUUGAAGCUCGGCAAAAAGAUGCCCAUCUGCAUGGAGUUGGUGAAGAGGAUACAGAAAGUCACGGAGCUCGAGUGUGGCGAUAUCUCGGCGCCACAUCCGCUUCUCAGUCUGAUAAUACAGCACGCAAGCGAUGGCCAGCUGGAUUGUCGAAACAAUAGAGGCUUAUAUGUGACCUUGCCGGAUCAGCAGCACUGCUAUUUUAUGACGGAAAACAAGAGCAUGGAGGGCGUACUGGUGUGCAGUAUCCCUUUCACGCAUCCCGCGCACGUGCCGCAAAUUCUGGUGUACUUGCGGCAGCAAGCGCUGUUCAAUUGCCUGAUCGCGAGCUGCGUGCGGCCCAUGGCACGCCAAGAUCCGGAACAUACGACCAUACUCGAGGUAAGCGCCCUUUCGUGGCAGCACAUCAGCGUGAGCGUGGAGCAUCCGUACGAAGAGACAAUGGCCACCGCGGAACUGGAUCUGACAGACAUAUCGACGCUUAAGUGCCGGUUGUACGGCGUGAGUAUGACAACGAACGCGGAACAGACGUCGGAUCUCAGCGGUAGGGUGCUGCAACGUUGCCUCAGCAUCCCGUUGACCAUGCGAAUGUUACUGAAAAUCUGGGAGGGUCGCUCUUUACCUGCAGUGAUGAACAAUCUGACCAGCGGCAGCGGCAGUAGUAACGGUAGCUACAAUCUCAAUUUGGGAUCCGGCGGUAAGGAUCAGACUGGACAAAACGCAUCUGGCACCGCGUCCGGCAUGCCGGACUUUACGAAUGGCGAGACAAAAGUGAAGCAAGAACCCGGUUUGAAUAACGGCAGUAACGGGUGUAUGGGAGGCAGACAAACGCAGCAAUCGGCAUCGAAUCAAUUGCAGCAACAACAGCAACAGCAGUCUUUUUUAGAUGCCGGAACGGAAAAUAGUAUCGGUUUUCCGUCGUAUUCCGGCCAAUCCGAUACGACGACGAUGACGAUGAGCACUGCUGGGACGAACAACGCCUCUGCCUCUAUGCUAAACCCGUUGCAGCUUGGUGCACUGCUAGGACAGGCAAAAAACUCGCUGACGGGCAACUCAAACACAAAUGAGCGCGGCAAAAAGACGCGGAAAAGAAAGACUGGCACAGACAGUCUUUGGCGUAGUCCAAAGCGAAAGAGUGACGGCGGAGACAGUAGCACGGCAACAGAGAUCUUGUUGGAGAGCUCGAGCUCGGAGAACUCGACACCACUGGGAACGCCCACGGGCGGCCGCGAGAAUCUCACAUCGGAGACUAGAACAUCUACACCGACUUCGGCCACUAGUUUGACAAGCGGCAUAGAUUUUUCGAAUUUGGACGCUACCGAUAUACUCGAUAAGAGUGCCUCGGAUUAUGAUCUCGACAAUUCUGAGAGGGACAGCGAGAUCAUGGAGGUGCAACACAGCGGCGGGGAACAACAGCAACAACAACAGCAGCAAGAUGUGGAGGAGUUGAUAAAGAUACGCGAGUCCUCGUCAACGCGCAAGUCGAAGAAAAAUCGAGGUGGCAGUGGUAGCGAAGAGAAAAAGUCGAGCCCAACAAAUAUAUUCGUCGAUGAGACGUCGACAACAAGUAGUGGUAACAAAAGUCUACCGGUGCCACCAUCAGUAAGUAUUACUCCGAUUUCAUGCGGUAACUUGGAUCAAUCGAGCACCACCAACUACAAUUCCGUACUAACGGGCAUGGGUUUGGAAAGGAGACCUGGCAUCGAGAUUAUACCCAUCGCCUCUUCACCAUCGCAGACUAAUCUACCGAGCUCAAUCACCAUCACACCGAUUGCCGGUCCGGCACCAUCGCCAAAGACCAGCGGCUUGACGAGCGCAACGGACGAUCGGCAGCGAAGCGAACGGAAGAGUGGCGGUGGAAAGAGCAGUGGUAGCAGUGCUAAAAGCAGCUCCGACGAUAAUAAGAGCGGCGGGAAUAAGCUAGAGAAACGGCGCAAACGUAAACGAGAGGAUGGUCCGAUGGGUCCACCGGACAAAGUCCCAUCAGGCGGUAAGCAACAGCAAGACCCACUCUCGAAGCCGGUAUCGGUGAGCAUCAAGCCGAGCACCGAGCAAUCACCGCCGAGCGGUGGUGGUACUGGCGUCAGUCUGAGUUGCUCAUCUUCACGGCCUACUUCCCCUGCGGCUGUAAGGAAGUUCAGUCCGUCGCCCACUCAUUCGAGUUCGCUCGCCACACUUGUAGGUAAAUCCAGUCCCACCUUGAAGGCCAGUCAAACGGCAGCAGCAACCUGCAAACCAGUGCAAAGCCCGAAGCACUCACCCGUCUACGGCAGCAGCCCGAAGCACAACGCGCCGAACGUUCCGGUCGUUCCUAUGUCAGUCCCGAUGUCAUUAUCCGUGUCCACGGUGCCCAACACAGUAGGCAACGUGCCGUCCGUGGCAGUGUCUGUACCGGUCCCAGUACCUGCUAGUGCGAGUCCGAAACAUGGCAAUACCUCAUCUCCGAAACAUGGUAGUUCGGCUGCGAGCAGCGGCAAACCCAGUAUGUCAGCCCUGAAAUCGGCGGCAAACUCGCCGUCUAGUAAGAGCAGCGGCAGCAGCUCUUCCGACACUACAACGACCCCAUCCAAAGUUAAGUCCUCCUCUUCGUCCUCCGGGAAGGAUUCUUCCGGUCGUGGAGAUAAAGAGAGACGAACGUCAUCCGUCGGGUCAUCCGGCGGUUCGGGCAGUGGCCAUCAGAGUCCCAAAACUAAGUCAUCCAGUGGUAAGGUGAAGCAACUGGAGAUGAUUUCUCCCGGCGGUGGCGAAGCUUCACAGGUCUCCUCUCUACAGGCUUCUGGUGGAAGCACUCCACCAUCUGGCCAGGUUGACGCAGCGAGCAAAUCUGCGAUUGCGGCGCAACAGGCACGGAAUCGUAAGAGUUCUCUCAAUGCUGUGAUCGAUAAAUUGAAGAACGCGCAGCACUGUACCGAAACCGAUGCCUGCGGGAACGGUAGCGGUUCCGUGAAAGGCAGCGGAUCCUCAGCAGGUCUCAGCAGUGGCAACACUGGCGGAAUGAGCAGCACUGGACAGAAGGAGAAGAGUAUCGGCAGCGGUGGCUCAUCGUCGUCGAGCGGAGGGAAGACUAUCGUCGAAGGUGGGAAGUCCUCUUGCGUCACUAAAAAUGCGUCCGUGGAGACGAAGAAUCCCGCCGAAUACAUGGUGAAGCACAGCUCAGACGGGAUCAAGAUCACUAUCAACAAAACUCGUACCAAGGAUUCCAAGCAGUCGGCUGCCAACCUGAAGUUAUCGUCGGGAACGAUAGCAGCUGCGAGUUCAUCUUCGAGCUCCUUGUCGUCCGUCGCUUCUUCGUCAUCGUCGUCAUCAUCCAGCAAUGUAAUUCCCGGCAGCAAUGGCUCACCAAGGACAAAUACGGGUCUCAAACCUGGCGUAAAUUCUGGACCGGCAUCGAAGAAACCGCAAACGUUGCAGACUGCACAGAAAUUGCUUCCCGCGAAGAUGAUGUUAGCCACUGCCGGUAUAAAGUCCGCUAUCUCUUCCUCGGGUGCGACGAAUACUGGUGGUGGUGCGAGUAUCACUGGCGCGACCGCAACAGGGGGCAUCCCCCUAUCAAAGGGUGGCUCAUCCUCCAAAGCUUCCGGUUCACCCAAGACGAGCUCCGGGGCGACUGAUCUUAGUCGAGGCCGAGACAAGCCUAGACUUCCGAAAUCUGGUGACAAGGGAAUAUUCGCGUCGAAGGGUCUUGGUGAUGCCAGGAAGUCGAGCCCGUCCGCUCUGCGCGAAGAGAGCGAGAGCGAGCGCGCAUUCAAGCUGUUAGCCGCACACGCGUCUAUUUCCAGCCUUCCGCCAAGCCUGCCACCUCAAUUAGUGAUGGAGGGCUUGAGGAAGCAGCUAGACACUAAAUUUCAGAUACCGAAGCUGUCGGCGCGCGCGAACGUCGCAGACACCGGCGAUAAGAACAAAUCAUCGGAUAAGCUGUCGAUCCUGUCCGAUUCCGCCAAGCAGACUCUCGACGGUCUGAAACAGGAACAGGGUAAGAUCACCGGUCUGCCCAACGUCACUGUGUCGGUGUCCAAGUCGUCGAUACCAGACGACCAAUCGAGACGGGACCAUUCGCAGAAUAAACUGGACAAUCUGUCAAUCGCCACGUCCGCAGCCGGUGCGAUAUCCUUGAAUCUCGUCGGGGAGAACGCUGGGUUGAUGCUGCCUCCGCAAUCGGCUGCCGAUCCAGAUGUACCUACAAAUCUGUGCAUUCAACCGAUGGUGGACGAGCCUUCUCGCGACUCUUGCAAGGAUUUAGGAAUGAGACAAACGUCGACAGGUCAGCAGUUUCUCGGCAAGAUCGACGACACAACCGCCGGCGGGAUCCUCCCCAAGGGCAACGUUCCCGAUCAGUUGGCGUCGUCAGGUGCCAAGUCCUACGCAACGAUGACGGGUUCCAGCGCUUCGACCGCGCCGAGCGGCGCCGUCAUCGUUGCCGAGAGCCUGAAUCUGAGUACGAAGCCCGCCGAUCAGGCAACUUUGCAAACCAAAUACAAUAAGAUCACCGUCGAGGAGAAGAAACAGCAGCAGUCGUCUUCGUCAUCGUCGUCGUCGUCGUCUUCCUCCACAUCAUCAUCUUCCUCGUCAUCAUCGUCAUCGAUUUUCUCGUCGUUGGGCGGCGUCGCGACUACGUCUGAUGGUAAUCAGAGCAUCAUGACAUCCGACAGCGUCGGCGGUGGUGGCAGUGGGAAUAGUGGUAGCGGAGAACAGGAGGUAGCGGCAGCGGCAGCCGCGGCGGCGGCAGAGAUGCUGCUGGACUUCUCCGCGGUGAAUAAAGAUCAAAUGACGAAGGGAAGUCACGGUCUGCCGGCCUCCUUAACGCAGCAUCACUUGACAACGAUCCCGGAGCGGGCGAUGACCCAGGCCGCGCCAACGGUGCGUCGCAAUACCCCACCUCCACCGCCGCCCCCGCCGCCGCUUCCGGCUCCAUUCCCGCCUGCCGCGAGUCCGUCCGUCAGUGUGCACAUCGUCAAGAGCCCGGCACCGAGCCCCCGAGUGAUUCCACCUUCCCCCCAUUCAUCCGCGUCACCCUGUAUCACCGACGACGAGCUCAUGGACGAGGCGCUGGUCGGUAUGGGCAAAUGAAGAUUACUCAAACUGUAAGACAAAGAGAGAAUACUCGCUUCUUUCAUUCAUCUACGUUCUAGACCGGGGAAGAGAUCCCACCGGAAACGGGAACACCGAACUUUUCUCUUAAAAUUGUACAAAUUGUACCCAUCUUUUUCUUCGAAUUUAGAAAUUAUUCGAAUGUUCUCUCUUUCUC